UUUGUCCAUCAACAAAACCCGCACCAAGUUCUAACCCUAUUUCUCUCCAACCUUCUCCCAUGGACUCAAAACCCCGACCACACGACUCUCUAAAGAGAACCCUAGACCUCACUGUUCUAUCGGUGGAGGACCUCCACGCCAACUGGAGGCACGCUGCUCAGAGCCUCUACGUGGUGGUGCGAGCGGACUCCAUCGCCAGCUACGCAACCGGCACGGCCACGGUAGAAACCACCAGCGAUGGCAGUGGCAACCCGUCAUGGAACGAGAAGCUAGAGGUGGACGUGCCGGCACAGGCGAGGUCCGUCACGCUGACAGUGAAGUGCAAGAACGCGCCGAGCAUGAAGGACGUUGGGAUAGCAAGGAUAGCCAUAGCCGAGUUGCUCAGCGCUGCGGCGGCGGCGGAGCAGAACCUGCAGAUUCUGAGUUACGGGUUGAGGGAUUGGGAAGGGAGGCGCAGUGGGGUUAUUAAGUUCAAUGUUAGGGUUAGGGAACGGGACAUGCUGUGUUCUUCUUCUGGCAACGUUGUUGGAAAUGAUUUAAUGUAUGACUGAUUUAAGAAAUGCCGAACCAAAUAUGCUCAACUGUUUAACCUUGAUUAAGGCACUCAAAUUAUUUAUAUAAAUAAAUAAUUAACU